GAUGGGAGAGAUAGAAAGAGGGAGGGAUACGUGCAGACGAUUAAGAAACACGUUGAGAGAAUCAGAGGUAGAGCGAGGCUUCAGACGGAGAUACAGAUUCGGACUGGAUAUCAAUGCUCACACCACUGGUUUGGGAUUAAUAACUGCAAGACAUAGGAGGAUACAGAGAACGGUUGAAAGAGAAAGAAGAUGGAUGUACAAACAGAAAACACGGAACCCCCGCCUUGUGAGACCCAGUCGAGUGGAAAAAUCAGAAAAGGAUUCAAGCUGUUUGGCAAACGCAAGCCAGGUAACAUCUUUUCUAUCCGUAACAAAGGGGAUGGAAACAACAAGUCGCCUCUUAAAAUGGGCAAAAGCCUGGAAGGAUUAUCAGAAUCUGCACCAGAUUCAGAGCCGGAUUCAGACAAGGAAAAGGGACAUGAGGUGAUUCAAGGAGAGAGAGAGCAGGCGGAGGAGGAGCCGCUCAGUGAAGAUGGCGUUCUGGCUGCCGCCCCAGCUCGCACCUCAAUUUCUUCAGCAAGCUCUGCCAAGUCCCUCAGCUUCCUGUCCUUACUGAGGGGUGGCCGAAGAGGAGUUGGGGACCGCCGAGCUCACACUGUGUCCCAGCCGGUGGGUCGGCAGCGUCGAGGGUUAAAGGGUCUCUUUGGCAAUGUUAAAUUCCGAUCAAAUGCUAAAGAGGAAAAGGAGGAAGCCCCUCCGAGCCCACUGCUUAUGUCGUCCCGCGCAAACAGUGUGGAAAUCAUCAAAGAGGACUUGACCCUCACCCCCAAAUCCCAACAACGCUCUCUCGGCAGCCCAGACACUGAGAGCUAUGAACCCAUCAAGAGUUUAACAACACAGGACAGUUCAGCCACAAGCCCGUCAGACACCGUUACUCCCCAGGUGACAACAGGCAAUGUGAGUAGUACUAAUGAGCAUGUGCCGCCUUUUCCCAAAUCUGAACCCCCCUUGGUACCCGGUGAUAGCAGUCUGAGCUCCUUGCUGGCAGACAUCUCCUCUCUCCUGACCUUUGACUCCAUCUCGGGGGGUGAUAUCAUGGCUGAUGUGGAGGCAGAGUGGGGAAAAGCCAGCAUUGCCAUCAGUGAUGUGGUGACUGAAGUCACGCCAUCAUCCACAUCUCUCUUCUCCAAACCAUCCAUCACAUCUCCGCUGACUUCUACCUUUGUAAGCACCGCCGAAUGGGCAAAACCCUCUCCUGUAGCUUCAACCCAACCCUUUACUCCUCUGUCAAAGACAUCGACAACUUCUUCUCCCGUUGCCAAGCCCAGCACCAUCAUCACAACGUUGACCAAAUCUUCCACUUUGACGACCCACUCAGUCAAAGUCUCUGGACUUUCUACUAGCAUUACCCCUGUAACGCUAACAAGCUUCUCAGCGCCAAAAAUGUCUUCCCCUUCAAUGAUAACUAAAUCCACCCUGGGCCCCACUUCUACUGCAGCCGCAGCUCCUUCAAACACCCCGGCUACUGUAGUCAAGGCUCCCUCAGCCAGUCCGAGUCUUACCUCUACGAGUAGCAAAGUGGCUUCAGAGCGCGUAGUGCCACCUGAAGUUACUGCUCCAGUAAGUAAACCCAGCCCUGUAGCAACUCCUGCCCCAUUUAAACCUCCAGUAACCCAUAGCCCUCCAACCCCUGUUUCUUUUACCCAACAUCCACCACCUCCCAAAUUUGAUUCAGCUGGGGGUUUGAACCUGCAAACCUCAUCUCCCUACAAACCUUUCCUUAGUUCAGUUACAGCAGAAUCGAAAGCCCCAGCGACAGAAUCUCUGGCCUGUACUGUUACAACAAAACCCCCCUCUCCUGCACCUGGUAUUACCUCCAAGAUGACAACAGCUCCCACAUCAACUGCAACCUCAAGCUCAGCAUCUGCUGCCCUUUCAACGCCCCAACUCAGAUCUAGCCCAUUGGACCUAAACAGGACUCAGUCCCUUGCUACUGUCCCAGAUGUUUCCUCUACCUUUAAUUCCAUCGCUAAAUCCCAACACUGCCCUGCAUCCAUCCCAACCCCUUCUUUAACCUCUUUUGACAAAAUCCCUCCUGCCUAUAAACCUCCUCCUGCACCAGUCUCUGUAGAUAAGACAAUGCCAGCUCCAACACAGACUUCUGCCCCUAUCACUCAUGCUGAUGUUUCCAUACCAUCCCCAACACCUCCUGCAUCUGGCCCUGAAUCUAAAGGUCCUUCUGCCCCUAGCCUAAACACAAGAUCUAGAGAUCCACCUGCUCCUGCUCCAAUGCAAAUUCCACAAUCUAAGGACCCUCCUUCAGCUGCUCAGAUACCUGUGUCUGUAUCAAAAGAUCUUUCUGCACCUUUUCCCGCUCAAGUUUUGCAAUCCAAAGCCCCUCCUGCCCAGGUUCAAAUCCCAGUAUCGCUAUCGAAAGAUGCUCCUGUUCCUGCUCAGAUCCCAGUUCCUGUAAUCAGAGACCAUCCUGCUACCGCUUUUAUCCCCGUUUCUAUAUCUAAAGACACCCCUGCCCCUGCUAAGAUCCCAGUUUCUGUACAUACUGGUCCUCCUCCCCCGGCACACAUCCCAAUUUCUGUAUCCAAAGAUGCUCCUGCUUCUGCUCAGAUUCAAGUUUCACAAUCUAAAGCCCCUUCUACCCCCACCCCUGUCCCAUGCCCUGUCUCUUUUUCUCUUUCUUUUCCUACUUCAUCCCGGCAGAGUGAGAUGAGAGGAAGUGAACAGGCAUCAAUGGAAGGGAAGCUGUCUAGUCCAAGUAGCAAAGAUGCCCAGAGUUCUCAGACUCUGCCAGACAAAACAGAACAACAGCAUAAUGAAUCGAGCUUACGGGAAACCCCGAGAGAGAAGAGGACACCGCAAGUGAAGGCAUCGGGACUUAGCAAAAUACCUGUAGUAGGAGGGGGCAGAGCAGGCAAGAUACCUGUGCGGGACAGUCAACACGGGGAUGAUGAGACUAACAGAGACCCACCGACUCCUGUGCUGGAAGAAGAGAGGCCAAAUUUCAACUCCCAUGAUGUGGGAAGCAGAGAUAAAAUCAGAGAGUCUGAGGUGCCCACCUCAAAACACAGCCAGGAGGAGAGUCAGCAGCAGAAAGUCCUCACCAGUUUACCGCGUGACUCAAAGAUCCCUGUGAAGCACAGCACCUCACAAAUCCCUCAAGCUAAAGAAACACCACGCACCAAGAUACCGGUGUCCAAGGUCCCUGUCCGCAGGGCUGGUAAUAAACCUGCAGCUUCAGGCGGCAGCGCCCAGACAAGAAAAUAAAAACAACGGACUGGACCAUCAUUGGCUUUGACUGCAUCUUUUUGCCCACACAUCUACACAGCCACACUUUUUAAACUAAUUUGUACUUCUUGGCUUGUCUUUCUGUCAUCUCUUGGCUUCACUACACCUCAAGCAGCAGUAACGGGACAAGCAGCCGGACAGCACUCAAGCACAAAACAUCACCACGGGGAGCUGAAGCUGAGCAAAUUGGACAUGCACUCAGGAAAGGUUUUUUCGGGUCACACCUGAAAACACAGCAGCAGCUUUGGUAACAAAAGGACGCGCAAGAAAAAAAUGGUCUUCUGGGAACACACACACACACACACACUCACAAAACUUGGAAGAGUGCCUUUUGAAGGGUGCUUUUCCUACAGACUCUCAAAAUGUGUCCAAUCUUUUCUACAAUACUUUUAACUUUUGUUACUCCCAACUUUUUGUAGGACUCGCCAAAUCUUUUUGUCUUUCUUUCCAGGAAGUCUCUUUGAUAACAACAAGUCCCUUUACGUUUUUAUUUAAGUGAGAAGACGAACCGCAGGAGCUCUCUAAAUUAAAUGCAAAACAACCAAAUUUACAUUCCACAUCUAUCUCUGGAUAUAUGUAGCAGAAAAAAAAAACGUGCCAUUAACUUUUGCACAAGAUGUUGAACUGUACAGCGCCUGUUUGUCUGCCUGCUCAUAUGUAACAUGAUCAGAUCUCACUGUGAACUAAUGGACAGACUGCUUUUAAAUGGGGGAAUGGAAAUAACGCCUUCCUGUGAAAUGGACAGCGGCCAUUAUGAAUGGCAAUGUGAACGAUUGAGACGAGAUCUCCAGCUCGAACACUGGCACAUCCUUAUCCUACUUAUACUCGGAUGAGAACAAUAUCUCUGUGAAUAAUCUCAUCUAUGUUGUUCUGUUUCCUAUUUAAUCAAUAAAAAACAAAAUGCGUGCUUAGCAAGACAAGA